AGGGAUUAUUGACACACACUCAUACGUAGCCAACAUGAAGCUCUUCAGGAUCGUCGUAGCUUUCCUUCUCCCGAUAAUACUGGUGGUAACGGAGGGUUAUGCCGCAAGUGUGGCCCAGCAUCGAGAGAAGAGACAGACCGUGGUUUCGGGAGAUGUCAACGUUAACGAUCAAAGAGGAGGGCGCAGGGUCACGGGCAACCUUAACCUCGAUCAUGCCCUGAACUCUAAGCAUUCCAUCGGUGGCAGCUUCGGCGUAGACCACACAAAAAUCAGAGGGGUGGGCAGCGGCACUGACUUCAAUGCAGGACUGAAGUACACUUUCACUCCUAAUGACAGAACUGCUCUCAGCAUUGGCGCAGUAAAGAAUUGGGGAAGCAGUGGCAGCGGAAUCAACUACGGUCUUAAACUCUCGCACUCGUUCAGACGCAGAAGAUCACCUGAGAGACUGAAGUACAAGUGCAGAAGCAACGGAGCGUGCAAGCUCAAGAUCCGAGGCAGAAGGACUUGAGCGAAGCCAAUCAUGUACAUAUUCCAGAAGUUAAAUAAUAAACAAGCUUAAUGUU